AAUUUCACUUGCCCAUAUCGACAGCCUACUAAAGCUUCAACCUCACCUCCAUCGCUCGUACGGAGCCGCUCAUUCCACCGCCACGCUCCUCUUUGUGCACAGAGUUCAAGCUUUCCCUUCGCGCCCGUGAUUUUGGAGAGCCGUCCGCCCUGACAUGAGGUCCAUUGGCCUCCUCCUCCGCCGCAUCCCGCCUCUCCGUCCCUACGCACCUUUGCCGCGCCGCGUGCUCGCCUCCCGGCAUCACCACGCGGCCCAGCUCGUCGUCGCUCGUCCAAACUCCUCCGCCGCGUCGCUCAUCCGCGCACAGCAGCAGCGGGCCUUUCGCACGAGCUCACCCCAGCGGCAAGGACGGCAUCAGCCCGCAGACGGCGACGACGGCAGCAGCAGCAGCAGCAGCUCCAGCAUCAUGGCCAGUGACGCGGAAUCGGGCGGCGCCUGGGGCGCGUGGCAGGUCCAGCCGUCGCGGUUCACGCAGCGCGUCGUCGACGCCAUGAAGAGGCUGUAUCCCGAGGAGCUCGCGGAUCGCUCGUGGGACAACGUCGGCCUGCUCGUUGGCAGCGCCGACGGUGCAAACUCGAGCACCAAGGUUCUCGUCACCAAUGACCUCACGUACCAAGUUGCCAUGGAUGCCAUUGAGCAAGGCGUUGCCGUCAUAGUCAGCUAUCACCCCUUCAUCUUCUCCGGCCUCAAGUCCAUCACCCACAAGGAUCCGCAGCAGACCACCCUCCUGCGCCUCGUCCAGGCCGGCAUCGCCGUCUAUUGUCCCCACACAGCCAUCGACGCGGCGCCCAAGGGCCUCAACACGUGGCUCGCCGACAUCGUCUCGGGCCCGCACCAGAGUGACCGUUCCGUGGCCAUCCCUUGCGCCGCGGCUCCCGAGUCGCACUCACCGGCGGGGUACGGAGCCAUCGGCCGCUUCGACCCGAAGAAGCCCGUGCCCUUGGCAGAGAUUCUGAAGCGCCUAGCCGAAAAGCUGGGCGGCCUGCGGCACAUCAUGAUCGCGAGCCCCGUUGGCGCUGAUGUCAAGACCACCGAGGUACGGAGCUUCGGCGUGUGCGCGGGCAGCGGAUACGACGUGCUGAAAAGCGCCGACGUGGACCUGCUCGUGACGGGCGAGACGAGCCACCACUCGGCGCUCCGGGCGAUCCAGCAGGGCAGAACGUUGGUGCAGGUGUUCCACAGCAACUCGGAGCGAGGCUACCUCAACGAGGUCUUGCGACCGCAGCUCGAGACAGAGUUGCGGAGGACAGUGCCCGAGGCGCAGGUGGUGCUGAGUCACAAUGACAAGGACCCAUUUAGGAUUUUGGAUGUCAGCGAGUUGUCCUAAGACGUGUCGAGGAGCGCGGCGUUGAACGGCGUUGCUGUAAAGUAGAGAGUUGCGAACAGGCCUUGAUUGUCGUGGCUUCCCUCGUUUCCUAUCGGCUGGCCGUGGAUGUCCUGGCCGACGGCGGCUCUCUCGUUGGCCUCACGAUGGCGUCACCCUCGUCGAUGAGCGCCUGCACAUUAUCGCCCCCGACGCCCUGCUCUUUCCACGACACCAGCAGCUUCCGCGGCAGCUCCCACUGUCGCCUCGCCUCCUCCAUCUUGCCCUCCUUCGCCAGGGCCCGCAAACGCGGGGGCACGGCCAGCGCCUCGGCCGCGAGCUCC